AUGUCCUCGCCUGACCUUCUGCUGCAAUCCAGCCCUGCCAACACGCCCGCCGCACGGGCGGCAAGCGGUCCGCGCGGGGGGCGAUGGUGGGCCGUUGUCGUCAUCAUCGGAUGCAUGACCGUCUUUGUGCUGGUCGCGGUGGCGGUGAGCCAGGGUUGGACCGCCGCUUUCGACGAGGCCAUCGUCCGGGCGCUGCGCUCGCCCGCCGAUCUGGCCGACCCGUGGGGCCCGCCAUGGUUCGAGGACAUCAUGUUCGACUACACCGUGCUGGGCGGCUACACAUUCCUCGUCACGCUGGCCGUGGUGCUGGCCGUCGGCCUCGCCGCCGUGGGGCAGGGCGCGGCCGCGCUGUUCUUCGCCCUGACGCUGACAUCGGGAACCGCCGUCGCGCAACUGGCAAAAGCCGCAUUCGACAGGGCCCGGCCCGAUCUCGUCGACCAUCUCGACCGCACGAUGACGUCGUCCUUUCCCAGUGCCCACGCGACCGUGAGCAUGGUUGCCUAUCUGGCCCUGGCACUGGCCCUUCUGCGCGCCGUCGAACGUCCCGCCUUCCGGGUCUAUAUCGUCGCCACCGGGAUCGCUUUGUCGCUCAUUGUCGGCAUCAGCCGUGUCUAUCUCGGCGUCCACUGGCCGUCCGACGUGCUGGCCGGCUGGUGCCUGGGCGCCGCAUGGGCCGUGCUGUGCUGGCUGAUGGCCGAUCUUCUCCGGCAACACGGACAUUGGAUCGAAUAUCUGGCCCGGUUCGGGUAUGGCGCGCGGGGCGUCGUUUACCUUGUCAUCGGUGUUCUGAUCGUCAUCGGCGCGGGCGUCGGAGAAGGGGGAUCGGCGACGCGCGAUGCGGUGCGGACCUUGCGCGAGCAGCCGUUCGGCACGUUCAUCCUGUGGCUUCUGGUGAUCGGUCUUGCAGGCUAUGUGGCAUGGCGGCUUGUCCAGGCGAUCUUCGACACCGACGACCAUGGCACCAGCAUCAAGGGCCUUGGCGUUCGAGCCGGUUUGCUCGCCAGUGCCGUCACCUAUGGCGCGCUCGGCCAGUAUACGCUCUCCCUGCUGGGCGUGUUCGGCAAUGCGGGCAGUUCGGGCGGCAGCGGGGGCGGUGCGGCGAGGUGGCUGGAAAGCUUCGUCGCGGACCGUUGGGUCGCGCUGAUCCUGUGUCUCGUCUUCCUGGCGGUGGCGAUCGCCCAUUUCGUCAAGGCGAUCAAACGCAAAUAUGCCGACCACUUCCAGGCCAGCGAGGAGGCGAUGGCGUGGAUCCAUCCGAUCUCCAUCACCGGGCUGUGCGCGCGCGGCGGCGUGUUCGUAAUUCUAGCCCUGCUUACCUUCUACAGGUUCCUGACCGCCGGCGGCGGCGCGGACGACCCGCCCGGCCUGUCCGAUGCGCUGGCCUUCAUCGCGGGGCUGCCGGCGGGGCCGCUUCUUCUGACGGCGAUGGGGCUGGGCCUGAUUGCCUUUGCGCUCUAUUCGCUGAUCGAGGCGCGGUGGCGGCGCAUCAACUGGCAGGAUGCGUGA